AUGGGUGCAAUCACCAGGUCCAACAAAUCAGGGUUAAAGACCGCUGAAAACACGUCUCAAGUGUACCCGUUGGCAACUGAUAUACCAACAGGUAUCAAGAAACCCAAAUCAAAUGGAGUUUCAAAACCAAAACCGAAAACAAAGAGCAAACCAAUACCAAAAGCACCCAAAAAUCCAUCGCCAAUAAUUGAUGCUACUGACGCGUCAAUCAAGAAGCAAACCAAGGUUGAACCUUUGGAAGUACCUCUGGACUUAACAUUACCACAAGAGUUUCUUGAUUAUCACACGCCUGGAUUCAUCGAAGGUGUGAAAUACUGUAUUGAAAGAGACCCAUCAUUACAUCCCAUUAUCGUACGGGAAAAUUUCACUGGGUUUGGGUCCAAAGCAUUUGACGAGAAAUUGGCCAAAGCCGAUGAUGAUCGUAUUCAUUUAUACUGGUAUAGCUUAGUACGGUCAGUGAUUGCACAACAAGUGAGCGGAGCAGCUGCAAAGUCAAUCGAGGGCAAGUUUAAAAGCUUGUUCACUGGUGGUGAUGAUGGAGUUAUACCGACUGCGAAAGCAACACUUGACAUGUCAGAAGAACAAUUGCGAAGUGUUGGGUUAUCUCGACCCAAAGUCAAAUAUGUUCAACAUAUAAGUCAAGUUUUCGCUAACUCGAAUGAAAAAUUGACUUCAUUAGAUUUCUAUCGCAGUGCAACCGUUGAUGAAAUAUACAAUGAAUUGUGUAAAUUAAAGGGGAUUGGGCUAUGGUCAGCCAAAAUGUUUGCCAUUUUCACUAUGGAAGAGUUGGAUGUAUUUGCUGAAGAUGAUUUGGGUGUUGCUCGUGGGAUGGCCAAGUAUCUUGAACAAAGACCACAUGUGUUGCAAAGAGCUAAAGAAGAAGUUGCUAACGAUGAUUCAAAACAGACUGCGUUAAAGAAACGAUCAAAAUUUUAUAAUAAGCUGGAUUCGAAACGGACUUGGAAACCUAUUCAUGAUGUGUAUGUUUUACAUAUUGCUGAAAAGUUUAAACCUUUUCGAAGUGCGUUUAUGAUGAUUUUAUGGAGAUUGAGUCUUACAAAUAUAGACGUGUUGGAUAAAGAGUAG